AUGGGGGUAGAAAGCUUGACCAUGUCACGGGUUGUCCGUUUUAUCAUUAUUUUUCUAGUGUUUGAUCUACUCAUCUACUCGGGCUUCGUUCUACAUCCCACUUAUUCGAAACAUGUCGGCGAUGAUAUACCAUUAGCGAAGAAAGAGGAUACAGCCACACAACAACCUUUCUCGUCAACAUAUUUAACUUCAUCGCUAUCACCGACCAAGUCCUCGACAUCCAACCCUGUCGAUGAGUACCAACAAGAGCCUCAAGGUACACAGAACCAAGGAUCUGUUAAAGUGUCACCGGCGACACCAACACCUCAAUCCAAGACAAAAGACGAAGUAAACUUUGACACAUCACAUGACGCACAGAAUUGGGGCCUCUCAUCUCAACAGUGCUCGGACCAAUUCCCUGGGCUCUUCACAGAAAUCAACCGAGCAGUCGCCUUCCAAAAGCAAAAGGGGGUGGUAACACCCGAGGACAUCGAUAUAUCAUGGAAAGACGACGGCGCAGUUCGAGCUCAGAUCAUAGAUCAAAAGGUAGAAUCUAAGACCACUCCUCAAAGAAAGUAACAAGACUUCAUUACUAACACUUCGUCUCACAGUUAUACAUCCUCGAAGCCAAAAUUACAUCCGAUCACCCCGCAUGCGCUCCAUUGCCCUCCUCAGCGCCAUAA